CCUAAACCCAAUCAAAGCCGCGCUAUAAGCACGGCAUCGUAGGUAAGCCCGACCCCCAAUCAAAUCGCGCGAAGCGCGCGGCCCGAUGCGCGUGAGAUGGUGCCCCGUUUCGCGACGUGUCGACGGAUGGAUCUCGGCAACUCGAUGCGGUAAACCGACGAACGCGGGAAAGAGGCGGUGCGCGGGCUCCUGAAAGUGCACGCGCUCGCUCACGAGUGCGUGCUAUAUAAGGGUAUGUGCGUUUCACGACGAGGAAGCCAACUGCGCGGUCGCAUACAUGAUCGUCGGUCGCGUGUCAUGGUGCCCCCCCGCAGAGGGUGGCACCUAAAAUCUUGAUGCCUCUGCACCGCGCGACGCGUCUCUCGUGCACGAGCGGCGUGUGCGCGGGUCCGAGAUGAACCUCGAUGGUCUCGACGCGAUGGAGGUCAUUUCUCCGCCGCGACAGACCCAUCACAUGCUCACCAGGUGCGCGCGCCCUCCCUUCCGGUUUCAUCCGCAAAGGGUGGGCACCUCGUCAGAUCCCGCCCUCGCGCGCGUGGCAGGCGAUAAAACCGCGCCCGUCCGAGAUGAAAGACAGCCCGGAGGCGGAUGGGCGAAGGCUCGGUGCUCGCACGCGGUGCUGGGCGCACGAAACCGGCGUCGUGGACGUCGUGUGCGCCUCACCGACGACGGGUCUGCGCGUACCGCUGUCGAGGGCGCCCCCACCUGCUGCAGAAGGGGUCGUUUGGGCGAAUUCGUGGGACGAUGGGGGCGACGACGGACGAGGAGUUGGACCUGGACGUAA